ACAAUAUAUUUUCUGUAUCUCUUGCUUUUCUCUAUAAAAAUAUUGACACCACAUCUGGUGGCUAUAUAUCAUGAACGACCAAAACGAUUUCAAGUCAUCAUGGCUUCCAAAAGUCUUUCAACAUUCAGCCAAUACCUUACCAACGUCCACAUCUCCAAACGAACAAUCUUCACUCCUUCCCCAAUCAACCAAUGAAGGAGAAACCUACGAAAUCGAAGAAGAUGAUACCACUCCAGCUAAAAGAUGGAUUUCCGAGUUCCUCCUUCUAUUACGAGGUUCCAUUCCCGUUAUCCUCGCAUAUGCAUUGCAGAAUUCGCUUCAAACAAUAUCAGUCCUGAUAGUCGGACGACUAAGUCCUGAAGCUUUGGCGACUGCGGCUUUUAGUUAUAUGUUUGCCAUGUCUACAGCAUGGCUAAUCGCGCUUGGUGGGACUACUGCUCUAGAUACAUUGGCAUCAUCAUCAUUUACUGGAAGCAAGAAUCCACACGAGUUGGGUAUAUUAUUACAAAGGGGUUUCUUGAUUCUUACGGCUUUUUAUAUACCGGUUGCUAUCUUGUGGGCUUGUUCUGCACCGGUGUUUAGAUUGUUGGGACAGGAAGAAUACAUUUGUCUGAAUAGUGCUAGGUUCUUGACCGCGUUGAUUCCAGGUGGAUUGGGAUAUAUUUACUUCGAAGCUAUGAAGAAGUAUUUACAAGCGCAAGGUACUUACUAAUCUCAUCUUUCAUCUUUUCUAUGAAGUGAGAUCUAACUCAACCAUGUAGAAAUCAUGCGUCCAGGCACCUACGUUCUUCUCAUAACCUCGCCGAUCUCCGCUGGCCUGAAUUAUCUCUUCAUCCAUACAUUUGACCUCGGACUUAUCGGCGCGCCUCUCGCAACAGGUCUCUCCUACUGGCUCUCUUUCCUUCUCUUAGUCCUCUACUCCCGUUUCAUAACUGGACACCAAUGCUGGGGCGGCUUUACUACAAAAUCCCUUCAUAAUCUAGGGACAUUCUCUCGUCUUGCUCUCCUUGGUGUCAUCCACGUCGGUACCGAAUGGUGGGCCUUUGAAAUAGUCGCCUUAGCCGCUGGUAGAUUAGGUACUAUCCCAUUAGCUGCUCAAAGUGUCAUUAUGACAACAGAUCAAGUCAUGAACACCAUCCCAUUUGGAAUUGGUGUAGCAGCCAGCUCACGAGUCGGCAACUUAUUAGGAGCAAGAAAUGCAAAAGGAGCAGCUAGAGCUGCAAAUGUAGCAGCGUGGUUAAGUAUGAUAAUGGGAUUAAUAGUUUUAGUUAUCCUAAUGAGUGUAAAAAAUUUCUACGCAAGGAUCUUUAAUGAUGAUAUUAGAGUCGUCAAAUUGACAGCAGAAGUCAUGCCCUAUGUAGCAUUAUUCCAAAUAGCAGACGGCUUAAACGGGAGUUGUGGAGGAAGUCUCAGGGGAAUGGGUAGACAACAUGUUGGUGCGGUGGUUAAUUUCGUGAGUUAUUAUUGUGGCGCUUUACCUCUGGGUAUUUGGUUAGCGUUUCAUGGGUGGGGUUUGAGUGGUUUGUGGGUAGGUCAAUGUAUUGCGCUUUAUAUUGUUGGGGGGUUGGAAUGGGUGGUUGUUGGGUGGAGUGAUUGGGAGGGGGAGGUUAGGAGGGCGUUUGCGAGGAUGGAUGGGGGUGAGUGGGUUGAGACGGGUGCUGGGGGUGGCGGGAUUAUAGGUGAGAGGAGGGAUGGUGAUGGUGGUUUGGGUGUGUGAGGGGAGUGGAGUAAUGUAAUUAAUAGGUUUGGGGAGAAUUUGUUUGGUUUUAUUUCUUAUUAGAU